AAGUGAGCAUUUAAUUUUUUCCUAAGUUUUACUAACUUGAAUUACAUCAUAUUCCUCUUCACAACUACCAACUAACCAAACAAGCCACACAGCCUUACCACUCCGUUCAACUACAAAAAUCGACGAUACUUUCCUCCUCACCAUAACCUACAUACACAAACUCGUCCAAGAUGUCUGAUACCAAGAAGCGCAGCUACGUCUUCUUCGACGUGACCAUCGGCAACAAGCCGGCGGGCCGCAUCACGUUCGAGCUGUACAAUGACAUUGUGCCUAAGACGGCGGAGAACUUCCGCGCGCUCUGCACUGGCGAGAAGGGCGUGGGCAAGGGUGGCAAGCCCCUCCACUACAAGGGCUCAGGCUUCCACCGUGUCAUCAAGCAGUUCAUGAUCCAGGGCGGUGACUUCACGGCUGGCGACGGAACGGGUGGCGAGAGCAUUUACGGAGAGAAGUUCGAGGACGAGAACUUCGAGCUCAAGCAUGAACGUCCCUUCUUGCUUAGCAUGGCGAACGCCGGACCUGGCACAAACGGCUCCCAGUUCUUCGUCACCACCGUCCCCACACCCCACCUCGAUGGCAAGCACGUGGUUUUCGGAGAAGUCAAGUCGGGCAAGUCAGUGGUUCGCCAAAUCGAGAACCUGACGACGACCGCGGACAAGCCGAACAAGGCCGCCGUGAUCGUAGACUGUGGCGAGCUCUCGGCUUCCGCCGCCCAGGUGACCGACGUUAAGGCCCCGGACGCCUACGGCGACCAGUACGAGGACUUUCCGGAGGACGAGGCGGAGCAGCCGCUGACGGCGGACCACGUGCUCAAGGUGGCGUCGGACUGCAAGGACUUCGGCAACAAGGCGUUCAAGGCGGGCGACCUGCUGGGCGGGAUCGAGAAGUACCAGAAGGGCCUACGGUACCUCAAUGAGGAGCCGGACGUUCCCGAGGGCGGGGAAGGUGCCGAGACGAAGAAGAAGCUGGACAACCUGCGCUUCUCGCUGAACUGCAACGCGGCGCUGCUGAACAUCAAGCUCGAGGCGUGGGACGAGGCGGCGCGCAGCGCGGGACAGGCGCUCGAGGUCAAGGGCGAGGCCGUGAGCGACGCGGAGCGCGCCAAGGCGCUGUACCGCCGCGGCGUGGCGCUCGUCCGGCUGCGCGACGAGGACGCCGCGCUCAAGGACCUCGAGCAAGCGAAGAAGCUGGUCCCCGGCGACGCGGCGGUCGCGAAGGAGCUCGAAGCCGUGAAGAAGGCGGCUGCGGCGCGGUUGGCGAAGGAGAAGGCUGCUUAUAAGAAGUUCUUCGCGUGAGUGUGAGUGAGUCGGGAUGAGAGGGAUAGGGGAGGAAAAGUGGAAACGAUUGCAUGAAACAAAAAGGGGGCAUUAUGAGGAGUGCGUUUCGGGGUCCUUGUUUUCUCGUCCGGAGUCAACGGAUGGAAAGGGGUUGGCGAGAGGAAGUUAGCCGGACACGGGAUGGGAUGAGUGAGUGAGUGAGUUAGGGGUUCAUCGGACGUCUUUCUCCUCUGGCAUCGCGCGUGGAUGAUGGGGUUCUCGAACCGCUAGUUGCUAUCUACCUCUUGACUACCUACCUGUCCGGAGAAUCAUCCUCGUGGCAUAUCCUUGGGGUGUGUGCAUGGCAGGCUUCACAGGAUCAUAUUUCGAUAAUAGCUGAUGACUAAGAGUUUACGAAGGGGUUAGGAGAGAGGGAAUAAGUGGGGAAGGGGGAAAGGGGGAUACAAUGAAAGAGUUAUUCAAAAAUGGUUAUCCGGUAUGCAUGGAUAUUUAGAUUUGCUUUGAUAAAAAUACUUAUGAAUGCUAUUUUGACUGGG